AUGGAGACUGAAGAGAGGGAGGAUGUCUCACAGAAACCCAGCGCUAAUAUCAGAACCGAAGCAGAGGAGGACGUGAGCUCUGGCCACACCUGUGGAGUAUGUGGCCGCAGCUUCCCUCUCCUCAGCUCUCUGUCCCAGCACAUGAGGAGACACACCAGGGAGAAACCAUACAAGUGUCCGUACUGUGAGCACAGAACAGCACAGAAGGGCAGUCUGAAGGCCCACAUUCGUAGCCACAAACUGGGCCUGUUCAGCCAGAACCUCAGUGACAAAGCCAGAGAACUGGAACAGGAGCAGAGAGACAACACGGAGACGUCAAACCCUGCUGAAACGAUCGGCACAGCUGCCAAAGCUCACAAGGUCAACGGGAAGGUGAAGAAGAAAGAGACAAAGAAAAAAGUGAAGGGGAAAGACUGGUGCGAGGCUGAUGGAGACUCCUGUACCUGCACCAUAUGUGGCCAGGUGUUCCCUCAGGUUCUGCUCCUGAAAACCCACAUGAAGAGGCACCGGAGCUCACAGGAUCACGGCUGCCGGAUUUGUGGUCGGCGUUUCCGCCAAGCUUGGUUCCUCCAAAGUCACAUGCGCAUUCACAGGGUCAAAGCCCAGCUCAGAGGUGGCAAAAGCAAUGACCCACCUGCCACUAUAAAUGGAGUUCCUCAGGACCCAGAAUCACUCGUUAAUGAAGAGUGCCUCUACGAGCUCUGUGCCGGCUGUGGGAACUUCUUCUUUGACAGAAAGACUCUGAGAAUUCAUGAAAAGCUGCACAAACUAAACCACAGCCGCUCUCAGGGACAAAACCCAGCACAGGAAGAUACUGAUUCCUCUGAGCCACACGACGCUAAGACACGUUUCCUAGAAAGCCUAAACCUCAUGUCUGCUGAAAAAACAGAAGAUACGGAGGACAAGUGUCUGGGCAGGCGAAUCCCAGAGCUGGAUCCAGUCUGUAGCUACCAAGCUUGGCAGCUGGCCACUAAGGGCCGGCUCGUAGAGGUCACAGAGAAAUGUCUGGGAUGGGAGGAGAGGCUGGCAGAUGCUGAGGUGGCUUAUGACACAGAGAAGGGUGAGUACGUACCCCUGAAGCAAGAGAAGAAGAGGAAGCAAAUCGAAACCUCUCACUCCAAUAUGAAGAAGAUGAAGAGUGAUACCGGCCUGGAUCAGACAGACGGCCCGGCCCACACUAAAGGAGGGGACAAGAAGGUCUGCCUCAAGGACCGGAUCCUGUUGAAUGGACUGGGUCAUGCUUUUUAUGAGGCGCUGCAGGCUAAGAGAGUUCAAGAUGUUCAAUUCACAGCUAAACAGACCAACAUGAGCCAAGACCAGGAGGAUAAGCCAUUCUUCUGUGAGCACUGUGACUUCCACACUGUCGACGCCUCUCUACUCAGGUCUCACCUGCUCCUGCAGCACCAGGACUUCCUGGUCCCCUACAACAAACACAGCACUAUUCUGGACAGCUUCAGUCCAAGUGGUCCCAAAGCCUCCAGAUACAUGGACUACCUCAGAAACAGGAGCACAUUGCUCAGUCAGCCAUAUUGGAAUCCUUACACAUGUCUGCCUGUCCAGGACAUUAAAACAGAGAGGCCAAAAGCUACCGAGGUCAAAGUUCAGGGACAGACUGAUGCUGAGAGUCUCCUUAAUCUGUCGUCCUUACCAUCAGAUGAAGGAGAGAGUUCUGUAAACCUCAAAUUAAAAACAGAAGGACUGGUUAGACGCCAGUGCCCCUACUGCUCCCACACCAGCACCUACCCAGAGGUGCUGUGGAUCCAUCAGCGGGUGUCACACAGGGUGGAUGGCAGCAGCUCCAUGGCACCAAAGUGGGCUCCGAGUACCAGCAGCUUAAAGAGUCUGAAGACAGGGGCCCCCUGGAGACGUACGGGGCCUCCACCGUUCCUCGAAGGGAAGGACUGUCCUACUCUGCCCGCUCCAAAAACUCAGCGCACACAACCUCCAGGGGCCACAGCUGCCAGCAACAGCAAACAGUCCACUCCCAAGAGCCAGUCAGGGGUCCCUAAGUCCAAGUCCAAGGAUUCUCGCUCUGCAGAGGGGACACAGUCGAGUGGGAGGACAGGACUCCUACCUCAAAAGAAGUCUGGAGAACAUAACCAGGUAGCAGAGGGGGCAAGUAAAAGCUCCCAGGCUACUCCAUCCAGCAGUACUGUUUACAGCAAGAGUUCCCGAGGUUUCCAGCCAACCAGCAGUCCCAAACCCAGAAGCCACAGAGCCACUGUGGAAGCAAACUUCCCACAGGAGGGUUUGGGUUUUAUGUUGACCAGAAACCAUGGUGGGACUUCAUCAAACACAGCCCCAGACAGAGCCCAUUCUCGCAGGCAGUCAUGUGACUCGUCCUCAGGUCCUAAGGGUCCUGAUCUGUGGUCUGCCAUGAACAUGUGGGGUCACAAAGCAUAUUUAGAGCCACUCCGGUUCAUUCAGGGAAAGAGUGAGGGAGCAGGAGAAAUGCCAGUGGACAUCGAUAUUUUGAGUCUGCUGAAGAAUUACAGUCCCCAUGAACUCACCACUCUCUACCAGCACUGGGGGUUCAUCGACCCCAGGAUUGACUCACAAGCAAUGCUGCAGUUAAAUGGAAAUUAUGGAAAAGAAGUCCAUUCCACCUCUGAAGCCUCCAAAAAGGUGAACAGCCGCUCCUCCUCCUCCUCCUCAGGGUCUCUUCAUAAAGGAACGUGAAGAUGCACGCCGCUCCUGUUGGCCUCCAGCCUG